AUUGCAAUUAUGAUCUACAGUGUGAACAAGUUGCCAUUCUGAAAAAGCCAGGCAUCGGACAUGUAGCAGCGUAUCUGACAGGAUCCCAGGAAUACCUGCCUCUGUUUAAAAUCUGGCUCUGGAAACAUCAAGUGAGGCUGGCAACUGGCUGAAGCCUUCUUUCGUAAUAUCGCUGAAUAAUACAGUGAUUCUCUUCGGGGAGGAGAAUAGAAGGAGCUUCUGCAAUAGUGACUUCUACAGAGCAGGGUCCUGUAUCGUCGUCCUCAGUGCAGCCACAAAAUAAUGCAUCACCGAAAACUGAAUGACUCUUAGUGGCACUCGAGGGACUAUAGCAUUCAUGAUGUGACAGUCAGGAAACAGCAGUGUUUAUUAAUGACUUAUCACGGCAAAGGAGCAAGCUCUUCUGGGCUGUUACCGUCCUCCUCCCAUCUGGACCCUGGACCCAUCCCAUUCUGAAUGCAUCGAGGCACCCAUCCCUGUUUUAAUCAAGCUGGCUGAGGUGCUCCUGCCCGAAUGAAUUGUAAACAUCCCUGCAACCCGCGGAUGGACGUUAUCUUGCUGGAGGGGAAUCAUUCUAACCAACUGAGUACUAUUGUGGGGAGAUGCUGUGAUUAACAUGCCGUGAAUCUUCCUCAGUCCCAGCUGCAUCAUGUCUAGAAAAAAACCAGGAGAUGCAGACGAGGUUUUCGAUUUUAAUGAAGCGAUACCAGAGACUGAAAGACUUGAUAGUAGCUUGCAAAAAGCUCGAGCCCAACUGUCUGUUAAGGCAAGACGACAGCGACCUUCCAGAUCUCGGCUAAGAGACAGCAUAAGCUCCACAGAAGGUGAUGACAGCCUAGAAAGAAAGGUAUCGGACAGCUACGGAAGCCCACUGCACAAUAUGAGAUCUCCCCUCCAUUCCUCACUCCGAGGCUCCUCUCCGUCGUCAGAAUCCGUCAUCUCCUCGGCAUCUCCCUCCCAGCGGGCCGCGUCCUUCUCCUUCGAUGUGAACAUUGUGAGGAGGACGUUUGAGGAGGAGGAGCAGGCGUCGAUGGCAAAGGCACGAUUCCAGACUCUGACCAAUGCUUCCUCCCAGGAAGCCCUGGGUCUGACUCCGACCAGCUCCCCCUCCAAAUCCUGCCACAGCUCCGACACGUCUCCAGUUCACACGCGGAGGGAGAGGAGAGCAGAGAAGUACAGUGAAGGUGCCGUUACUCUAUUUUGUAAUUCAUUUUCUACUGGUUCAGAAGGGAGCAAGGAAACAAGUCCGGCAGAGCCAGCGAGUCCCACAGUUGGGCUGGACAGAAAGGCACGGAGGAAAUUUUUGGACCUUGGGGUACAGCUACGGAGAUCCUCGUCCACGAAAGGAAGAAAAGCAGAGAAGGCAGCCAACAGACUGUCCACAGGCAGCAGGGAAUCCUUUGACAGCCCUAUCAGUAUUCUGGCUUCAGCCAAGGCCGCAGUGCCACAGUUUGUGCCUUUCUCCUGGUUUACAGACAGCAGCAAAGGGUCCACCUCCUCCAGUGGUACAAUGUCACCGACCUGCUCUCCGAGAAUGUCCUCCCACGGGCUUUCCCCGAAAAAGUCUGCGUCCCAGGAGUCGACACUGAGUGACGACAACAGCCCCAAAAGUGGAAGCCCCAGAAUUCUGAGUAGCUCAACGACCACCUCGCGAGCCACAUUGUCUCUGUCCUCUGAUGAAUUCCUUGAUGAAGGACAGCCAUACUGCCUUGUUUCAACAUGGACCACACAGCAAGUCUGCCAAUGGCUACUUGGGUUGAACAUGGAACACUAUGUAUCGGAGUUCACUGUUGGCAACAUUGAUGGUGAACAACUCUUGCACUUGGAUGGAGGUAAACUAAAGGCUUUGGGGGUCAUCAACUCACAGGAUCGGGCCACUAUCAAAAGGAAAAUCAAAGAUAUGAACACAGAGGUUGAAAAAGAAAGGAAAGCCUCAGAAAAGCUAGAGAAGCAGAAGGAGAAACAAAAGAAGAAAGAGCAGGAACAACUGCAGAAAAAAAGUUAAGGAAGGUGCAACGGCGUGCGAGAGGGCAAUGAAACGUGUCUGCUGUUCUUCAGAGAUUAAUGACAGCGACAAGAAACAAUGCAAGGAAUGGAGGGGUUAAACUGGACAUUACAUGACAGCUCUGUUUGUGGGAUCAAUGAAGUUCACUCAUGGACAGUUCAGGUCUGUAAGGGCAACUUUUGGUCUUCAAAUCAAGUAAUAUUUCACAAUGCAGGUAGAUGUUUCUUUAGGUCUCAGUGGCUUACUGUGAAAAAACUUUCUGCACUUACUAAUCAGCAAAUUCAUCCUGAAUCAGUUGUAGCAGAAGAAUAUUACGCCGGGAUAAUCCAUUAAAAAAAUUGGAUGGUGACCGUUUAAGAAUAAAAUCUUCCUGAUUAUUUUUUACAUCACCAGUGAAAGUAAUACCAGCUGCAUCUGUGCAUUUGCGUAGUGCGAGAAUGUGUAAAUGAAACAGCUGGGUUUUGCUUUAUCUUUGGAUUGUUGAAAAUUAUCUUUUAAUAAUUAAAUCAGAAGGUUAAAAGGGUGAAUUUGGGAUCAUGCCUGCAUUUGAAAUAUUACAGGCGCUUGCACACGGAUUUUUCAAACUUAUUUUGUCCCACGAUCCAGGUGAUGAAGAGUUCAGAGACCUGGAGUGAGUUUGCAAGCCAUGGUGCUGUGAGGGCAGAAGAACACUGAAUACAUGUAUGGAUGCUGUAAAUGUGAAAUGUGAAAUGGGCCAAGAUUGAGUAAAGAGACUAGAUAAUGGGACGGACUUGAUAACUUGCCAUGUGUGAGUAAUGUCUUCUUGUAAUAAACUGUCAGAGAGUGCAUGAGAGAUUAACAUGGUAACAAUACCAGGGAAGAUCCCAUUAUCUUCCCAGCCUGGGCAUGCAGUUGCACAUUAUAUUCAGGACUUGUAAAUGAGUUUGUUGUUUGAAGAUUGAAAUUAAUCCAAAGAUCUCGGAAGUGAUGAACAUUGUUCAUGCUGAUUUAAUAAUAGCACCAGUUAUGUGACCUUAAAUCUAAGCGUUUUUCUAGCUUACAUUUUGAAAAAAGUAAAAGCCGAAAAGCAGGUGAAAGAGGUAUUGCUGGGGUGGAUAUGUUUGUGCAUGUUGCAAAUAUGGUCACUGAAUCUAACAUUUGGUCGGUCUUGCCAAAUAUCACAGUUCUGAUUUUAAGUGAAUUAUUGAACAUUCUGAAACAUUAACUCGUGAAAAGCAAUUGCAGAAUAUUUUGGAAGUGGCCCUAAUUUUUGUUUUGCAAAAUUAGAUGGUGAAAUAGUUUAUUUUUAAUGGAGGCUCUCUGCAAUUGUAAUUGAGUUUAAUGACCACUGAUGAUCAUUUGUUCGCUCUCACUUCUGACCAUUAUCUUCUACCCUUGCUAUGCAUUUUGGAAAUAAAUCCUCAGAACCUGCUGACAGAACUACAAAGUACAUCAAUUGCAGAUCUAUGGCUAUUCUGUGGAAUGAUAUUAAUACAGCUACAAAGAAGCACAAGUAAUACAAAAUACCGCCAACUCCCCUGCACCAACCAAGGUAGGAAUGUACCACAGGAAGAAAAUGCAAUCACAUUAGUCACCUUCACACUAGCGUUAGAAGCUAGAUUGCCAAAAAGCAAAAAGAGAUCAAAGCACUUAAGUAGGGAUUUAGUUGGAAUGAAUUAUUUGAAGUUUUCACUUCUUUCGACAGGUAGAGAUUUGUUUAAGCUUUAGAUUGGUUCUUAAACCCAAUCAUCAGAGAACCGAAGUACUUGAUUUAUAAAAUACACACUGGUGUACUCGGCUAAUAACACACUCAAGGACUUAUGUGUAUUAUAAUAUGACUUGGAGUUGAUAUAGAUGCAAAAGUUAUUUACAUUUCACAGUUAAGUACAGGAGUUAAGACAUCAGAGUUAGGGGACCAUCAGAUUAGGAUAUUGGGAAAGAUAAUUAUGUGCAUAAAUUCUGACAUAAAGUACAAAGGAUCUGUAAAUUAUUGAUGAUCACUGAAGCUGGUGGAAGUAAUUAUCAGGUGGCUCAGACAGACAAAAGUGAAUGGAGCGACUAUGUUAAAUUGUGUUGGCCUUGAAGGUGAUAGUGUCAUUGGGGUCGAGGCUGAAGAAGAUGCAUGCAGGGCAUCCUUUGAAUAAAAACCUUCUGUUUGCAGGCGGGUGAAAUGCAGAGGAGGUACUGUAUGAGUACCUGAUAAUGAAAGGACUUGACACCCAAAAUGGUUUGCAAAAUGUUAUUUGGACCUUUGCUUUGUUUCUAUAAUUUGACAUCCCUAUCAUUGUUUAUAACUAUUUAACAAUUGAGUUAAUACUUUUAUAACCCAGAGAUGAACAAUUACUGUAUACAAAGUUUAUUUUAACAGGAACGAUUUAUGUGUUAAAAAACUGUUUGAAUGUGUUACCACGGCUGGUAAACAUGGUGUGGUUGCGUAUGGUGAAAUGAAGUCCUUGAGUGCUAGAAUGCUGAUGCAAAUAUACUGGAUAUGUUGUUCUCAGGUCCCUGCAAAGAAACAAAAUCACUUGCUUCAGUCGAGGUCUACAAACCGUUUAUAAUUGAGAGGUUAUGAAGAUUUAUGGUAUGAUUCCAUUCAUCGGUUGGGACUUUGAGUAUAAGUCAGGAAGAGAUGGUGCAGCUUUAUAGGAUUUUGGUUUGGCCACAUGGAGUAUUCUGUGCAAUCGUCUGGUCGCCCCAAUACAGGGAGGAUGUGGAGGCUUUGGAAAGGGUGCAGGUUUAGCAGAUCAGAGGUUCUUACUUAUAAGGGGAUGAUGGACAAACUAGACCUGAUAGAAAUACAUAACAUUAUGGGAUGUAUAGAUAGGGUAGACAGUCAGAACCUUAUUUCCAGAGUCUAGAGGGCACAGAUUUAAGGUGAGAUGAGCAAAAUUUAAAGAAGAUGCACGGGUCAAGUUUUUUACACAGAGAGCGGUGGAUGUCAGGAAUGCACUGCCUGGGGUGGUGGUGGAGGCAGAUGCAAUAGGGGUUUUACAUAGGCCAAUGGAUUUGCUGGGAACGGGGGGAUGUGGAUCACAUGCAGGCAAAGGAGAUCAGUUUAACCUGGCAUAGUGUUCAGCACAAACAUCGUCACUCUAUGUUUCGUGUUGAGAUUUAUUACAGGACAUAGUUAUGUUAAACAGGCCAGGGUUUUCUGCCCUACAUGGAGACAGGGUUUGGCGUCAGGUAAAGCAACAGAUCGCUGUCAUUGCAAUUGCACAGUUUGUACAUAAAUUGAGUAGAACGUUUUGCAAGGCACUUUAAAAAGCAGCAGUACCCUUUAAAGUGACCUGUUAAAAAUGCAGACCUUUAGUCACGCUCCUUACGGUAAUCGUAAGCCAUGUCUUGUAAAAUACUCAGCCUCGCCUGACAUUCAUUUGUAACAAAUUGACUUUAGCCUGUCUAAUGAACUGCUUCAUGGUCAAUCUAAGCUUGCAUUAGAAGUUUGGGACUGGAUUUGUACUUUAAUAAACGACCGUUUAAUGGGAAGCAAAACUGCGAAGAAGCAACAAAACAAAGUGCCAUUUCUUCUUUCACUUAUUUUUUUGUUGUAAGCUUUAAACAGCAAUAUUGUCUUAACUCUUAUCUUGGCCAACAGUGAUUAUGCAAAUUAAGUUGGAAAUCAAUGCUGCUUUCUUUUUAGAUGAAUAUCUUACUUUUGAUUAAAUCUGUUCAGCGCAACCUUUUUUCGUUUGCGCACUCCUAGAUAAUUGCACUGUAUACUUGGGCGUGCUUCCACAGACCAAGCAGACGUGAUUGAUGACUGUAUUUUGAUGCAGUGGCAGGCAGUACAUUAUUGAAAACUGAUCACCACUUUGUAUCAGUGAAAGAAUUAACCACAAAAGCUCAGGGUUAUUGAAUUGUGGAAAACGUGGCCACUCGGAGUCCGGUGGUCUGUCAGACAUUUUCUUGAAUUGUAGGCUUCAUCCUCUCUUUCCUUAGGACAAAGGAAAUGCUUACCCCAACACUCCUAUCUUUAACUCAUCUUUUUCAUCAUUGACCAAACUCUCCUUCUCCAAGGAAAGACAAAGAAAAGGAAAACGGAAGCCCGAUUGAUGUUGGCGGCACAGUGAUGAAGCUGAUGGAGCUGCUGCUUCACAGCGCCAGAGUCCCGAGUUUGAUCCUGACCUCGGGUACUCUCUGUGUGGAGUUUGCACAUUCUCCCUGUAGGUUUCCUCUAGGUGCUCUGGCUUCCAGCCACAACCAAGACGUGCAGGUUUGCAGGUUAAUUGGCCUCUGCAAAAUUGCCCCAAGUCUGUAAGGAAUGGAUGCAAAAGUUAGAGAACAUAGAACUAGUGUGAAUGGAUGAUGGAUGGGUGGCAUGGACUCUGUGGGCCAAGGCCUGUGUUUCCAUGCUGUAUCUCCAAUAAUAAUGUUCACCCAUUUUUCCAGUAAUUCAUCCUUUCUUCUCAAAUAAAUGGAUCUUUUUCCAAGCUGGAAGGAUGUGAAUAGUGAAGUAGCCCAGAGGUUGGUUCUUGGCCCACCAAUGUUUCUAUUUACAUCAAUGACUUGGAGGUGGGAACGAUUUGUGAGGUUUCCAAGUUGACAGAAAAAUAGGUGGAAGGGUAUGUUGUGAUGGGGAAACUUUGAUUCAGCAAUGUGAUUAGAUAGCUGGAGAGAUUGGGUGAAAAGAAGUUUAAUGUGGGGAGGUGUGAGGUAAUGAAUCAAAUGAGUUAAGAGGAAUCAAAGCUGGAUCAUUAUCUAAUGGAGAGAAUUUGAAAACUAGUGGAGUUCAGAAGGAUCCCGGAGAUAUAGCGCAUGCAGAGCAAAAAGUGAUUCCAAUGAGUCAUUAAGAAGGAAAACAGCGUGCUAACCUAUAUUGUGAAGGGGUUGGAGUUUAAGAAUUGGGAGGUUUUGCUAAAGUUGUGCAGGGUGUUGGCAAGACACUGGAAUACUGCACACAGUUUUAGUGCCCUGCAAAACAAGAUAGAGUAACAUUGGAGGCAGUUCGAGGGAGAUUCACCAGGCUAAUUCCUAAGAUGAGAGAGUUGUCCAUUCAGGAGAGAUAAGAUAGUUUGGGUCUGUAUUCCGUGGAAUUUAGAAGAAUAGCAGUUUCUUUUACUCAGAUAUAUAAGAUCCUAGGGUGUGUGACAGCAUCAGUAUUGAGAUGUUUUCUCUGGUGGGAGAUUUACAAGCAAGGGGACCUAGCUGCAAAAUAAGGUGCAAAUGAGUCUGGGGUGUGCAGAAAGCUGUUCUCUCAGAUGGCAGUCCACCUCAGCCCCUGAGGGUGGAGGGGGCCAGAUCAUUAGAUACAUUUAAAGUGUGGGUUGAAACAUUUCCGACAUUGAGGAAUUGAGGGUCACGGGAACUGGCUUAGGAGGAGUUGACGCCAGCAUAGAUCAGCCAUAUUGACAGGCUUGGGGUAGGCCUGACGGGCUUGGGGCCUGCUCCUACCCCUAUUUCCUUCCGUUCUUGUGGUCCUGUAUCUCGUGUUCCUUUAUUCCCAAAGUUGUGCUCCUAAGGGGAACACCAUUGUUGCUCCUUCACUCACCCCCUAUCUCUAUCUGACUCCAUCACCCCAAACAUCCGAAUAACUUGUCUUAUGCUUUGAAUAAUCUUUGUCCUUGGUGAAAAUCCCUCAUGCAACACGUCUUCAUCUGAACAAAAUGAAUUGUUUUUAACAUCCUAAAAGAGUCAUUUUUUUUGUUGGUUCAAAGAGACAGUGAUAUCUAACUGUGGAGAUGAGCAAGUUAAGCUAGAGCUUUAACAUUUACUCUGAAGGUGCAAUAUACUGAAUGAGACGAAGAUUCGGGCAUUUUUUGGCAAGAACAUCAGCUUGAAGGAAACAAACAGCAAAACAAUCACAGAUAUAUCAGCUGAUACGUGGAAUUCUCUCUGGGAUGUUGCUAAUUCUGAAUGUUUGAUUCUUAUUGUCGAAGUGACAGACUUUAGCCGACAGCACAUUGUUCACUCAGAUUAAGCAUACUGUACAAAAACCACAGACUAUUCACUGCAUGGACUUUAGCAUCCAACAAAUACAGAUAACACUCUCCCCCUCUUACAGUCUUAAAGCAGUUAGUAAUUUCACAGCCUGGCUAUGCGUGUACAAACACCAUAAUCUAUUUCAGCACCUUGCUGAUGUUUUGAGUGUGGAAAUGUAUAUGAUCCUUUCAAAAAGAUUAAUGUACGGGUAUUGGUUGCGACUGGUCUUAUGCUAGCAAAUGUUAUAUUGAUGUUAAUAUUGCUUUCAGCCACAGAUGGACAUUUGACCACUAAAUUAUAAUUGGUAAAGCAAAGGAGAUAACUUAAAAUUUACCACUCACAGUUCAAACUCAAAAGUGCUUUGAAUUACCUUUUUUGUCCAAAGUUAAAUAAAAAUGGCAUAAUGGUGACUGUUUUUGUAAUGCAAAGGGUUUAUUUGCGAAUGGACUUAAUGUAUGGGUGUGUAUAUUUUAAAUUGAAUUACUUUACUAAUGCAAUUUUAUUUAUUGAAGUUUCAGUGUUAUAUAAAACCUAAGAUACCUUGUUUCACUUAUCAAUCAACAUAUGUUUGAUCGUGUUUUUUUUUAAUGGAAUUAUAACUGAGAUGAUAAAUUAGUGAACAGGAUGAAUCGGUGGAGGCAAGAAUAUACAAGACGCGUCAUGAAAAACAGAAAGUUGAAAGGGCCCUUCCUUCUCGACUGAACAACGAUCAAUGAAAUGAGAAUGCUGAGAGGAUGUUGUAUGGCUAGAGAUUCUGUUGUAUACAUUCAAUUGAUUGAAUUGAAAGAUACAACAUGGAAACAGGCCAUUCAGCCCAUCAAAUCCACCCAACCAUGGACCACAAUAGUAUUAUGUUAUCCCACUUUCGAAACCACCUCCUAAGCACCAAUUUACAGAGGCAAAAAAAAACCUAAAAACCUGGACAUCUGUGGAUGCAGGAGCAAACUAAAUCCACGUAAUCAUUGGGACAACAUGCAAACUCCACACAGACAACACCUAAGGUGAGGAUCGAACCUGGAUCUUGGGCGCUGUGAGGCAGCAGCUCUGCCAACUGUGCCAUUGUCCACCUUAUGACGAGCAAUGAUAUGUUUGUACAAUUGUCAUUGUGUUUUCAAGAACUAUUUUCAUCUUGGAUUAUUAUCUGUAUAGUAAAACAUAUUGUGGGGAUAGACAUGUGCUCAAAUAUAUAUGACUUGGGUCAGUUGAAUAUGAACUAAUAUAUCUUCAUUUUUGUCCUCAUAAAUUUACAAUUACUUUAUUGGGAGAUAAUUUCAUUCCUCUUUGUGCGAACAUCUCUGCCCGUUCUUUAUACCAUUCAUUUCACAUUUGUUGGUUCCUCCAGAAAAAUGAAAUUUCUGACAGGAUAUCUUUUCCCAUUCUUCAUGUCUCUGUGUUUUUGGAUUCAAUCCAUACAAAAUGAACCCUAAUCUUUCAUCCAUGAGAAAUUUCACAGCCUAUUAUUCAUAGCCUAAAUUAGCACCUAUUUUACAUGUACCACUCACGCAUAAAUUCAAAUGAAUCAGGAUUUGGAGCCAAGAGUAAAGAGAGAGUCGAGAUUGUUUCAUUGUCAUUGGUACUGAAAAUGAACAAUGAAAUUAUUACUUGCAACAGCAUAACAGGUUUGUUAACAGAGUACUCAUGGAUAACAUAAGAAGCAAAAUAGUUCAAUUAAUUAACAAAAACAAUAUUGGUGCAUAAAUAACUUGAAGCCCCUAGUGCAACCAAGAAAAUUACUUUAGUUGGUGUUUGUAGUGUUCAAACGGUUGUUUGUCAGUGGUUGUUGGGAAAAAGCUAGUCCUGAACCUGGAGAUCAUGGUUUUCAGAUGUCUCUUCCUUCAUCCCGAUGGCAGGAGUGAAAUGAGAGCGUGGCCAUGAUGGUGUGGCUCCUAUUGACUGUUCAUUCAAAAGAUAAUUAAGUCAGGAAAUGCUGGAAAAACUCAGCAGG